UACGUUAAUGGAACGUUCCUCUCUUUAAUGCUAUAAAGGAUUACGUACGUUUUUUUUCAAGUUUCACUUUUUAUCUUAUUGCAUAUGGACAGACGAUUUUCUUCACCGAAGGAUUAUAAUAAAAAGACGGAAAGAUGAUUCUUAAGGUCCUGCGUUUCGUUCCAAUUCAGGUGCUAGUAGUGGUUACAUUUAUCAAUACAUAUGCGUAUGGUGCAUGUCCAACGAUGAACGUCGACCCAGACUUAGACUGGUGUAUAUCUGACUACGAAACCGACUAUUUCGCGGCUAGAACUGCUUGUAACGCGUUAUGUGGCUUUCUCCCGGAGUCCUCCAAUCCAGGCGAUUUAUCUGACUUUGCCUACGAUCUUUUGAUCGGGAACAGUCUGUCAACAGGACAGAGAGCCUGGAUAGGAAUAUCUAGUAGUGGCGGGGGCGGCUGGGUGUACGACUCGGGUACCAGCGUGACCGACAACGGGAAAUGGGACGUCGGCUAUACCGGUAGUACCACAGCGCCAUCUGGCGAGUGUUAUGCAGCAAAAUCGGAUGAAAAUAUGGCGUGGAGCCAACACAAUUGUACUGAAGAUGGAUAUUAUAUUUGUUUUCAGUACAAGUCACCUAGUUUCUGCUCCGCACCACAAACCAUUCCAAACGCAACAUGGACAGCAACAGCCGGUGUUAACUGCAGCAAUUUAUGCUGUAAUGAGUACGCCAAUGUGACGUAUACAUGUGACAAUGGCUAUAUACUGACCGGGUUAAACAGCUCCACUAUCCAGUGUGUGGGCGGCUCGUACAGUGAAGACGUUUCUACUGGGUACUGCGAGGAACCCCCAACCCAAGCUCCGCCUGUAAACUGCAGUGCUCUUCAAGCAGCUUACCUAGAGGGCACCAUAGACUACGGCAAUUAUACCGAGUUCUGUAACGACACACUUCCCGACAGCACUACCGUACGUGAAACCACCACGGAAACGAUGACAACAGUGGCGGAAACGACCGAAAUAAGUACGGCGACGACCGAAUUAAGCACGGCGACAACCGAUUUUAGCACAACAAAUGAGGUUACCACGAUGGAAACCCCUACCACCACAGUCGCAACAGCUGAAACGACUAGUGAGACUACAAACGAAUCCUUGACGACGACAGCCAAUAUGGCCACUACCGUUUCAAGUAUUCUGACGUCACUCAAUGCGUCAGCGCUGACGUCACCGGAAGCUGUGAGCGGUGCAGUAGCGGCUGUGACAAAUGCGACCUCUUCCACGGCUUCAGAACUUCAACAGGCAAGGGAUGUCGUCGUCACAGCCAUCUCCUCCACAAUCAGUUCAGUGAAUGACGCGGCGGGUUUGAACAACUUGGCCUCCUCCUUGUCAAGCAUCACUAGUGCCUCUGCUGACACCAUCACUGAGGAUACGAUGGAUAAAUCCGUCCUUGCUGCAGAGGCGAUCACUUUGAAACUGUCCAGCGCCAACAUCAGCACUGCUGAGUUAACUACAAUAAGUAUAGAGGUAGUCAAUUCGAUCAGCAACGUUAUGGACAACACCUUAACGGACUCAGGCAACGAAACCGCCAAUGAAACUGCGGGGAAAACAGCAAGAGCAGAGAAAGCCGUCCAGGUUCUCAACACAGUAGUGGACACAAUCAUAGACACCCUAAACGAGACUUCACCACCGGUCAUUAUAUCAAACGCCCUGGUGGACAUUAUCGCCCAGAGGGUGGGCGGCAGUCAAGCAGGUGUCCAGAAUUUCACGACCACCGCUGUCCAGGUUUCCGUGCCGGGGAACUUGGAGACGAACAGCUCUGUUGACGUUAAGCUAAUGUACUUAAAGAGGAACCCGUUCACCGCGUCUUCAGGGGGUGAAAACCUCACAACAGGCCUGCUGCAGUUCGAAAUGAAGACGGCGACAGGGGAGUUAGUCCCUCUUGGGUCAUCUCAAGUUGAGGCCGAAAUGACCGUCCCGAUGACCUUCGCCGAGGCAAUCGCUAGCUUGGUCAACAUGACUACUGACCGAGGCGUCUCCCAAGUGUUGACCGUUGAUAAUUCGGCCAUCUAUGUCGUUGUGACCCUCCCGACAAGUCUGAAUCUGGUCGUCCUCGGGAAGGUGGGAGGCGAGGCCACCAAACAGAGCUAUGAUUUUAAGUAUUCCACGUCGUCAGUGAUCGAGUCAAGGGACGAGAGAGUGAACCUGACAACAACGUUCGUGAACGGCUCCCUGGAAAUGUUUAUACCUCAAUCGACGAUAGAUGGCGUUUCCACGCUGGGUAUAUCUGUUUUCCUAGGGACAGCUUCAUCUGCCCAAACCACUGGGACCAGCCGGAGACGACUGCUGGCGACGGUCGCCGAUUCCAAUGUCACCAUUUUGUCAACUGCCAUCAAACCGAGUUUUUACAACAGCAGUUCUAAAACGUGGGGCACGUCAUCCGGGCUACAGAUAAGCGGGGCGUCACAGUCAAGCAAAAUCAUCUUCAAGAGCAACUUCUUCGGUUCUUUCGCUGCCGGACUUUUCAUCCCUCCCAACACCAUCGACUUCGACAAAGUAUUUGGUAACUUCGGCGCCCUCCUGGCCCAGUCUCCACACGUUCUCAUUCUCAUGUGUUCCAUUGUGGCCCUGUAUUUCUUACUGUUGAUCUGGGCAAGGAGAAAGGACAAGCAGGACAUGCUGAUGUGGACACAUCACCACGUGUUAGAAAACGAGCGAAUGGAUCACCAGCACUUCCUGAUCAGCGUGUUCACGGGGUCCAAGUCCCCCAAAGACACCACGGUGGUGCCGUUUGUUAUCCUGUACGGCACAGAGGGUAAGACGAGACCCAAGGUGCUUCUGGACAUGCACAGAAAGACUUACCAGAAGGGAAGCGUGUAUAACUUUGUUCUGUCUACACCUCGUACCCUCGGUAAACUGACUCACCUCCAUGUCUGGCACUGUGAUCUAGACAGCAAGGCAGACUGGUUUUUAGAUCGGGUUAUAGUAUACGACGUGCAAAGGAAAGAGAGAUCACUCUUUCUCUGUAACCAGUGGUUAUCCCUGGACAAAGGAAGCGGACAAACUGACCACCUACUCUCUGCCGCAGACGAUGGGUCGUUAGAGGACUUCAACUUUCUCCUCAAGAAUAACGCUAGCCAAAACCUCUUUGACGACCAUCUGUGGUUCUCGGUUGCCAAGCGACCGACGCCGAGCCGAUUAAGCCGAGUCCAGCGUCUGACGGCAUGUCUGGCCGUCUUGUUUCUGUGUAUGAUUUCCAACGCCAUGUUUUAUACAGAGAGUGAGGAUACGGCAAAUGGUAUCGUGAUUGGCCCCAUCGUUAUAUCAUUCAGACAGGUCUACGUAGGUUUAAUCAGUAGUUUAUUAGUCGUUCCUCCAACUUUUGUUAUUCUGGAAAUCUUCCGAAGAAGUAAACCUAAGACUACGAGCAGGACUAUUUUUCCUUAUACCAAAACGCAUGCACCAAAAGAGGAAGUGAAACACCCGUCAACGAGUACCAUUUCGAAAGAAAAUGGCGAAUAUUAUGAAGCAGUGGAAAAAGCUCUCUUGAUUUGCCAGAAUUACAAAGUCAAACACGACAAACUGGAAUUCAAAAACCAGGUUUCUCAUUUUGGAGAGAAAGGCGUUGUUGCAGACGAUAUAAAAAGCCCGCCCGAGGCGACGACAGCACCAUCUGGAAAGAAGUCAAGAAAACCACUUCGUUUCCCCUGGUGGGCCAUCGUGUUUGGUUAUAUGCUGUCAUUUCUGGCGAUUGCAACGUCGGCUUUCUUUGUACUGUUGUACAGUCUAGAUUGGGGUGCCACCAAGUCUUCUAACUGGCUUUUAUCAAUGUUCUUUGCUUUCACGGAAUCUGUGAUCAUCGUUCAACCAUUAAAGGUGAUUGCCGUAGCUGUGGUGAUGUCGAUGAUACUGCGCAUGUCAGGAGACGGAGAAACGGAAGAUGACGUCGUGAUUGCUGAUCACGAGCUUCUGCCUAGAGGAUAUCCCAUACCGAAGCCGCCUUUCAUUCCCGUUGGCGACACCACAAUAGAUUAUGCCUCGGAGGAACGCAAACGACUACGACGAAAACACGACGCUCAACUGUCCGGAUCCCUGAGAGAAAUCUUCAUACACAUCAUUUAUCUGAUUCUGCUCAUCUUCAUCUGUUUUGCCAACAGGGAUAAGAACUUCUUCCUUCAAAACGAGGCGUUACGGAACAGCUUGGAUCAGUACGAGACCUCUUCGAAUUCGGUUUCACGGUUCGAAGCAAUCUUUGCCUGGCUGAGCGACCGUAUCUUGCCGAUCGUGUUUCCUACUGUAGAUUACAAUAACGAUGCCCUGGACACGUAUGACCAGCAGUUCAUGAAGGACAUCUAUGGCCUGAGACUUGGACCACUGCGUAUACGUCAAAAGAGAGUGGUAGAUGAGUUGUGCACGGCCGAUUUUCCCCUCAAGAUGUCAUUCAAUUCUUGCAACUCGGAUUACCACGUGUUGAAACAAGACAAGAAAAGUUACGAACCUGCAUGGGAGGUUCCAACAGCUAACUCCACAGGAGCACCAACUCUGGGGUUUAAUUACACCACACCGGACGGAGACAAGGACAUGGCGGCCACAGGAAUGUUUGCCACUUAUGAAGGGGGCGGUUACUUUGUGGAAAUUAAUUCCUUAUCACAGGGGACAAGUGUUCUGGCCACGUUAAAGGCGGACAGCUGGAUCGAUCGCUUGACCAGAGCCAUCUUCGUCGAAUUCACCAUUAAUAACAUGAACGUCAACGUUUUCUCCAUGGUGAGAAUUAAAGUGGAACUUCCGGUUGUGGGCGGUAUUUUCACCACCAGAGAACUGGUCAGUUUUCGGCCUUACCCCUACGUGAAUCCAUUCGACUUCGUCCUGCUGGUCAUCCAGGUGAUUUGGGCCUUGGUGGUGUUUUAUCUGCUGGUCAAGGAGGUCAUUAAGAUGGUCAAGACGGGGGUCCAGUACUUUAGGGAGUUGUGGCACUACGUGGAGUUGUUGGACCUAAUCUUUGCUGUGACCAGUAUGGUCUGUUUUGUCCUCAGGACCGUGUACAUUAUUCGCUCAGUUGAAGAUGUAAAAAAUAACCAAGGUCGCUUCGUCGGCUUCGAUAUUGUAGCCAACUGGGACUAUGGCUACUCAAUAACCAUCGCAUUUAGCCUUUUUCUUGCCACUCUGCAGCUUUUCCGACCGCUUUCCUUUAAUAAGCAACUAGCCAUUCUUCGGGCGUCUCUCUCGCGGUCGUCAAUAUACCUCUUUACCUACGGCCUUAUCAUCGUCAUAAUUUUAACCUCGUUCGGAAUCGGGACUCACUUACUCAGUGGCGCCACCUUGGAAUCGUUCCGGACGUUCGGAGCGGCCCUCUUCAAUCUUUGCGGGGUCAUGCUGGCCGUAUUGGACUACGAGGACGUCGUGCCGGAAGACACGUUGUUGUUGAAAGUGUUCUUUAUGAUGUUUGCUAUGGUGAUGAACUUUCUCAUAAUAAACAUGUUUAUAUCUGUGAUAAAUGAUACCUUGUACGAGAUCAAGUUGGACGACUCAAAACAGGAUUAUGACAAAGAACUGGCUGAUCAUUUGACUAUGAAGAUUGAUACCUGGUUCAGGUCGCUGUUCAAAAAGAAACCAAAGCAGCAACAAGUGCGUCCCGAACGGAAAUAUUCAAUGAAAAUGGGCGCCGAAGAAACUCCCGCCAUAACAGUAACCUCGCCCAAUGAACAGACGAGAGAUAUUUCACCUGGACACGUGCUCCCAAAAGAAUCAAAACUCUACUUGGAAAUGUCCUCGGAAACUCCAAGAAAAAAGAAGAAAAAGAACAACAAGAACGUAAUUGCCGGCAGGCGCCAUGUUGUUAUCCACAGCCAGACUGCCCAGGAGUACAUAUUGGACAGCGGGACGAGGGAAAGUGGGGAAGUCUGGCAGAACUUGAUCGAUCGUGACGUAGAUACCACACUGGGUCUCUUGGACAAGAUGAGGAGCAAAUUUUCCAAACUGUUUGACCAGUUUGUUGUCGCAGAGGAAACUUCGCCAGAGCGAAUGUUCCGCGAAAUUAUGGAAGAACAUUUAUUAGAAAGACGACAAGCGGCAAAUAUGGCAGAAGAAAGUGCAUACAUGGAACGCAUAACAAAAAGGUGUGCGCGCAAUUUACCAAUGCCAUUUGUCGACGAGAACUCUCGAGAACAUAAGAGAACUGGGAAACGUGGACACUCUGUGGCCUGGGCAAUGGAUAUUGAACAGAGUGAUAAAACACCACUGAAACAGAACGGUCACUUGGUGGAUGUUGAAAAAUCUGUUCAUGACAAGCUAAUAUCUUCAAAGACAGGACAAUCAAACAACGGGCAUACUCCUGGGCAUCCGGAUGCAUGGAUUGUGAACGAAUCUACUUCAAAUCUCUAA